AGUUCGGUUUGUGUUUUGUUUAAAAUUAGGAUUAGAUUGUUUCUUUUAUCUAGAAAAGGAAAAAAGUGUACGAUACGUUAAUAUUAUCUUAAUAAAAGUAAGGUGUUAUUGUAAAAGUUUCAAAGGUUUUAAGUUUAUUGUUAUUAAUUGUAAAUAAAAUGCCAAGAACAAAACGGCCGGUUAAAAAAGUAGACAAAGUCACUGAUAGUGAUGAAAAAUUGAAGAAAUUAAAUAAACUAGUUGCUGAGCAAAAAAAUAAGAUCGAUUCCCAUGCAAACAUGGAACAGAGGAACGUGGAAGUUGCUUUCAAGAUACUUCUCGAUUCAAUAAAAGCCUCGUACUUAGAGAAAACUUUGGGACAGCUGAAAACUGAGCUGUUUCUUAGAGAGGUGACAAACCAAAGGGCCACUCGGAAUUCAAAAAGACCGGACUCACAUGAUGAUGGCUACCUCACUGAAAACUCUGCCCAUGAUUCUGGAGAAAGGAGAAACAAGAAGCCAUUAGCAGGUCCACCAAGUACAUUAGGUCGUAAGACUACCCGACGCUCACGGUCUGCGGACGCUAGCCGCAUGCUCUCGGUCAGCAAGACUCAGAAUCGUUCCAGGUCCGUGUACAGGACGCCUAUGUAUAACAAGAAUCCUAUGAACUAUCCCGCUAUUACACCCAAGGUAGCUCCGCAUACAUCGCUGACGGUGCUGCGACAACCACGUCAGGGUGAGAUGGUGGUCUCCAUGUCAGGUUCCCCGGUGCUGGUGCCCUCAGUAUACUCUAUGCAAAAAGAUGAGAAAGCGAGCUGUAACAUAAUGCUUAAUGAUGGUACAAUGCUCUCGCUGCAGCCUCGUCAGCUGCGUCAGUCUCAGGCCUUCAUACCAUUCUCUUUAAUGGACUCUCAAGUCCUCAGCCAGCUAAAGACCCUCAAGGAUAACCUGGUGAAGAUGGUGGAACUCGGAGAGAAGACCAUUGAUAAGUGAUCGAUCACUAUUGCUUGUUUGACCAUAGUGAUUUAGAUUUUUUUUUUAUUUUUUAUAACAAGGUGGCAAACAUGCAAGUGAUCACAUGAA